AUGCAUCUCUUUCUCGACUUCAAUUCGAGCAGAGAUCAGUUUCCUUCUGCCAUCUCUGAACCUCCAACGCCUUCAUUGGACGGCAACGUACUCCAAGCGACAGAGAUCCCCUCGCAUCAAAUUCAACAGCAAAGAAUCCUAAGAACCGGAAUCAUCGAACCCCCACCCAUUUAUGAGGAUAGAGCUCAACCGAUACAACAACAAUCAAUACCCCCAGGAACAUCGGAGGUACGGGAAGAACAAGAAGAAGCAAGCAGAGAAACCCUCAUAACCGCACAACUCGUAGCACAAUACAUACCCCGACCUCCACCACCACAACCCUCAUCCUCAUACCCAUACUCACACUUCCGAUUCCCCUCAAAUUCCACACUCCACACCUCAUCAAUCUCCAUACCCACCACAGCAACUUUCUCCGACUUUCUCCGAACAAUCUUGAAUCCUCUGCUUCUUCUUCUCCAAACCGAAAGAGAAGCCGAAGCAGAAUCUCAAAUUCUCCAAACAACAGCAGGUACGAUAACGACAGCAACAACAACAACAACAUCUACCUACAAUAACAACAAUAACAAUGAGGAAUUACAAUGUGAAAUAUAUUUCCUAUACCCCAAGUUCAAUUUCAAUCUCCAUCUCGGGGGGAAAUGGAAAUUGAAAUGGAACAAAUGGAUGAGAAGAAAUAGUAGUGGUAGUACAAUGAGAAAUAUCCAAGUGAAUGAAGAAAAUUGGCCAAUGGUGGUUGCUGCUUUGAGGGAUAAUGAGAAUAAGUCAAACGAAAGAAGGAGAGGAAUGGGAGGAAGAGGUUUUUUGGAGGGGGUGGGAGAGGGAGAGUAUAACGGUCAGGAUGAGGAGGAAAAAGGAAAAAGACAAGGGUCCUUGUUGAGGGUUCUGUAUUGGGGAAGAAGCGAGGAGGGGCAGGUGGAGACGGAUGCGAGGCUGAGGAGGGAAGAAGAGGCUGUUAGAAGGAUGUACAGAAGGACUUUGAGACCCUAUGGGGCGUGGUAG